AUGGAUGACCUAGAAGUUAAAAUUUCUAUGUUAAAUCUGGAAUCCCAAGGACCUGCUGAGAGCUGGCGAAGAGCUAAGAGCCUUGAGGCCAAGAGAGCCACACGAGGCCCACCUGUCUGCUUUUGUACCAACCCUGGCAACUUGACUCCACCCUCAGGGAGCUGCUAUCCUCAACCUCAGCAACCUCAACUCCAGAGUGACUCAUGGAUGCACAACAACCUACCUUAUGCGACUGAAAAGAAGAAAAAAGAUGAAAAGAAGGGACGUAACUAUCUGAAAACAUUGGAAAGGUCAGGCCUAGUUGUGAGAACCCAACAAGAAGCUAAGCAAAUAACGAAGAAUGAGCCACAAAAGAGUGAUGAAGACUUCGAUUCUGGUCACCGGCCUCCAAGACACAAUUCUCAGAUGAAGGGUCGAAAGAAGUUACAGUGGCAAUGGUUGGCUAAUGCCCCAAAAGCUAUGGUGCCUAAAUCAAUGAGAACCCAACAAGAAGCUAAGCAAAUAACGAAGAAUGAGCCACAAAAGAGUGAUGAAGACUUCGAUUCUGGUCACCGGCCUCCAAGACACAAUUCUCAGAUGAAGGGUCGAAAGAAGUUACAGUGGCAAUGGUUGGCUAAUGCCCCAAAAGCUAUGGUGCCUAAAUCAAUGAGAACCCAACAAGAAGCUAAGCAAAUAACGAAGAAUGAGCCACAAAAGAGUGAUGAAGACUUCGAUUCUGGUCACCGGCCUCCAAGACACAAUUCUCAGAUGAAGGGUCGAAAGAAGUUACAGUGGCAAUGGUUGGCUAAUGCCCCAAAAGCUAUGGUGCCUAAAUCAA